AAACUCCCUCACGACGCCAGGACAGCGGAGUCAAUCACCACCUUCCGGAGACAUCUGAAACCCCACCUCUUCAAGGAAUACCUAGGAUAGGGUUGGAGAGCAUGGAGCUCUGUUGGUGCUAAGAGUGUCCUUGUAAAGUUGUUGGCAGCCCCCGUCAAAUCCUUCUCACAUAAACAUGAUCCAAGGGACGUGGAGGACAGCAGCGGUUAUAGCUGAAGACGAUGUGAUCUCGCUGCCCAAUGACAUCCCCCUGUUCUCUGCAGCCACACUGGGUGUUAACCCCUGCACUGCCUUUAGGAUGCUCUCUGACUUUGAGGAGCUGAAACCAGGUGACACAGUGAUCCAGAAUGCAGCCAACAGAUGUGUGGAUCAGGCUGUCAUAGAGAUUGCUGCUGCAAGGGAGAUCCAAACCAUCAACGUGGUCAGAGACAGGCCAGACCUCACACAGCUUACUGACAGGCUGAAGGCCAUGGGCGCCAGUCACGUGAUCAAAGAGGAGACCCUGAGGCGGAAUUUAUAUCUUUUUCAGAGUGGAGGGUCGGUGGUGAUGUAUGGAGGGAUGGCCAAGCAGCCAAUCACUGUUCCUGUGAGCGCCCUGAUCUUCAAAAAUGUGCAAGGGUUCUGGGUCACCCAAUGGAAGAUAACCCACUCUCGGGAUGAGGGGUUCUUACAGGGACUGCUGGAUGAGGUCUGCUUCCUGAUCCGCCAGGGAAAACUGACCGCAUCUGCCUGUUCCGAGGUAGGCCUCCAAGACUUCCGGCAAGCACUGGACACUGCCAUGCAGCCGUUCACCUCAGCCAAACAGGUCCUGAUCGUGUGACCCCUCUUUUGACCAGCCCCAGCUGUUCUCAGGGUCAUGUUCAUUAGGCACCAAACAGAAGAAAAUGGACUGAAACAGGAAGGGACUACCUGGUCUAAUAAGAAACAGUCUUUUGCACUGGGUGCCCAAAUGAAUACGACCCUGCAUACAAAACGAAGUCCCGGCACAUUCAACGGUUGCAGCCCCAAGGCUGCUGCUUCACCAUUGUCGGAAAAACAUUGCUCAAGCACACAUAUUUUCCGUAGAGGAUCAAAAUCCACUAUACAGCUCCAAAAUGACUGGCACCCCCGACUGGCAAUGCACAAACAAUACUAUAAACAAUAUAAUUAUAGAGAGAAACUCAAAAUACCAACAUGUGAGAAAUACUGUACUUUAUUAAUGUUUCAAUGGAACCAACCAAAAUCAUACAAUUAUUUAAAACAAAAUAAAUUGAACCAAAAUCAAGGUUUCAUAAUUAUUGGCACUCCUCAUUUAGUACUUAGUGCAGCCACCUCUGGCAAGGAUAACAGCAUGGAGUCUUUUCCUGUAAUGUUUGACAAGGUUAAGGAACACAUUUGGAGGGAUUUUGGACCAUUCCUCUAUGCAGAUCCUUUCAAGAUCCUUCACAUUCUUGGGUUUGUGCUUAUCAACUGCCCUCUUCCACUCAGCCCACAGGUUUUCAUUUGGAUUGAGAUCCGGCGACUGAGAUGGCCAUGGCAGAACAUCGAUUUUGUUGUCACAGAACCCUUUCUGUGUGAAUCUUAAGGUAUGUUUCGGGCCAUUGUCUUGUUGGAAAGUCCACCUACGGCCAAGUCCCAGCCUUCUGGCAGAGGCAACCAGAUCGUCAGCCAAAAUGAGCUGAUACUUGGUGGAAUUCAUUAUGCCAUCAAUCUUAACCAGUGCCCCUGGACCUCUGGAAUUAAAACAGCCCUAAAACAUCACUAAUCCACCACCAUAUUUCACCGUGGGUAUGAGGUGCCUCUCCUUGUAUGCAUCUCUGUUUCGACGCCAAACAUGCCGAUGCUGUAUCUGACCAAACCUUUUGAUUUUGGUCUCAUCUGACCAGAGCACCUUCUUCCAGUCAUAAUUUAAAUUAUGUUUGGCAAACUCCAAGCACUUGUGUCUGUGUCUUGUGGUCAGAAAGGGCUUUCUUCUGGCAACCCUUCCAAAGAGCCUGUGGUUGUGGAGGAGCCGUCUGAUGGUGAUUUUUGAAACCUGGUGACCACAAGACGCCACUAAGGCCUGCAAUUCUUUCACAGUGAUUCUUGGGGAUUUUGUUGCUUCUCUCACCAUCCUCCUCCCUAUCCUGGGGGGCAAAAUGCAUUUGCGUUUUGAGGUUUUCAACUAUUCCAUAUCUUUUGCAUUUUUUAAUAAUUGCCCUGACAGUGCUCAGUGGUAUAUUCAAUCGUUUGUGGAUCUUCUUGUAAACAUUACCAGAUUUAUGAAGGUCUACGACCAUCUGUCUCUUUUGAACUGCCAGUUAUUUUGUUUUCUUCAUGGUGUUGGAUGACAGUGGGAUAUUGCAUGUGUGUUACCUCAUUUUUAUACCCUAGUGAAACAUGAAGUGAUGGAUAUGCUCUAUAUAGUUCCUUAAGGCUUAGAUCAACUUAAAUAAGUGGUAUUUAAUUUGUGGUUUAUUUUUGGUAGAUGUUAAUUACAAUAAUCUUUAAGGGUGCCAUUAAUUGUGAAACCUUGAUUUGGAGGACAUUGAUUUUUAAUUAAAUCAAUAAAUUAUUUUGGUUGUUUCCAUUGAAACAUGAAUAAAGUAUCAUAUUUCUCACAUGUUGGUAUUUUGAGUUUAUCUCUACAAUUAUAUUGUUUAUAUUUGUUUAAGCGUUAUUUGUGCAUUGCCAGUCAGUGGUGCCAGUAAUUUUGGAGCCCACUGUAUAUGUUAUUAGCACCACUUUAAGUAAUCUUUCCUGACAACAGUUCAUGGAAAAAAUUUCAGAAUGGUCAUGGAUUCCUUGACAACAUUAUGUAUUGUCUACAUGUUUAUUUCUCCUGCAUGGUAACAUUGUUAUAUCCUGGUCCCAGAUUGGUUUGUGCUAUCUUGGCAACUCCUAUGGUUAUUGCUAUGCAAGACAGCACAAAUAGAUCUGGGACCAGGCUAACGUGGUUAUGCAACAGAUGGUGUUCUGGUAAAACACUAAUACACAUUUGGGAAAGAUUAAGCUAUUUUAUAGAGUUCCCAAUACUUGUUGUAUGGACACGAGCAAAUAUUAUCAUGACGCGUAUUAGACAUGUUUAUUACUUUAAAAACAAUACUGCAGGGUCCUACUAGAGCUGUUACACUGACCAUGUUACCACCACCGGCAGUCACGAGUCAUGACUGCAGUCAAGUUCCACGUGAACAAAUUCCAGACGAUUCCGCAGGUGAAGAAGCCGGAAGUGGAGGUCCUGGGCUGACGUGGUUACGAGUGGUCUGCGGUCGGCCGGUUGGACCUACUGCCAAAUUCUCUUAAAUGAUAUUGGAGGUGGCUUAUUGUAGAGACAUUAACGUGACUUUUUCAGACAAUAGCUCCAGUGGACAUUCCUGCAGUCACAGCAUGCCAAUUGCACACUCCCUCAACACUUGAGACAUCUUUGGCAUUGUGUUGUGUGACAACUGCACAUUUUAGAGUGGCCUUACAUUGUCCCCAGCACAAGGUGUACCUGUGUAAUGAUCCUGCUGUUUAAUCAGCUUCUUGAUAUGCCACAUCUGUCAGGUGGAUGGAUUAUCUUGGCACAUGGAACAUUUCUGGGAUCUUUCAUUUCAGCAAAUUAAUCAUGGGACUAACACUUCACACAUUGUGUUUUAUAUUUUUGUUCGGUGUAAAUCAAAAGUAAUUUAACACAUUAUUUAGUAUGUGUAAAGACAACAUUAAAUGAAGAAUAAUCUGAUGGGUGACAAUAUUAGCUUAUCACUUGUGCAUUAUGUAUUAUCAAUUGUGAAUGAUGCCCAGAAUGUGCAGUAAGGCAAGAAACAGCACAUGCCUUUUUUUUGCAACUUUUUUUCAAAUAAUAGUUGCACGCCUCAUGUAGCCUAGCCCAUAGGCCUAUGUGUUUUUACAAGGUUUGUAUCACAACUAAAGUGGCCAAAUAACUUCUUAAUAUUAAGCACCUUAAUUUGCUUUACAACCGGUGUAGUUGUAAAGCUGGCAUACAUACGUAGAUGGCGUGUGAGUUUCAAGUUUGUGGAAGAUCAUUUUCACCAUUAAAGCAUUACACACAAUCGCAUUGAUUGACUGCAUUUAGGAACAUUUGCGCUUAUAGCCUACUGCCAUGUGUGCAUUGCUGCGCUUAUAAUGUGAAGAAAUAGCCUAAUAGUUUAUCAACAUUUUAAGCUAAGCGUUCUAACCUGUUGCAUAAGCCUCAUUGCUUUUAAACGUUUUUUUGAUGUGAGGGGUUGUAUGAAUUUGGGCUCUAUUGCAUCCUACGACUGUCCCAGAGUAGGCUAAGUUUGGAACAUUUAUUUAUUGAGCAGAAGGACAAGUUGACCAAUAGAAUAGGUCCGGGCUCUGGCUGGGCCACUCAAGGACAUUCAAAGACUUGUCCCGAAGCCCCUCUUGUGUUGUCUUGGCUGUGUGCUUAGAGUUGUGGUCCUGUUGAAAGGUUAACCUUCGCGCCAGUUUGAGAUCCUGAGUGCUCUGGAGUAGGUUUUCAUCAAGGAUCUCUCUGUACUUUGCUCUGUUCAUUUUUCCCUUGAUCAUGACUAGUCUCCCAGUCCCUGACGCUGAAAACAUCCCCACAGCAUGAUGUUGCCACCACCAUGCUUCAUCGUAGGGAUGGUGGCAGGUUUCCUCCAGACGUGUCACUUGGCAUUUAGGCCAAAGAGUUCAAUCUUGGUUUCAUCAGACCAGAGAAUCUUGUUUCUUAUGGUCUGAGAGUCUUUAGGUGCCUUUUACUGAGGAGUUGCUUCCGUCUGGCCACUACCAUAAAGGUCUGAACGGUGGAGUGCUGCAGAGAUGGGAGAACCUUCCAGAAGGACAACCAUCUCCACAGAGGAACUCUUGAGCUCUGUCAGAGUUACCAUUGGGUUCUUGGUCACCUCCCUGACAAAGGCCCUUCUCCUCCGAUUGCUCAGUUUGGCCGGGUGGCCAGCAUUAAGAAUAGUCUUGGUGGUUCCAAACUUCUUACAUUUAUGAAUGAUGGAUGCCACUGGGUUUUUGGGGACCUUCAAUGCUGCAGACAUUUUUUGAUAUCCUUCCCCAGAUCUGUGCCUCGACACAAUCCUGUCUCUAAGCUCUAUGGACAAUUCCAUCAACCUCGUGGCUUUGUCUUUGCUCUGAUAUGCACUGUCAACUGUGGGACUUUUAUAUAGACAGGUGUGUGCCUUUCCAAAUCAUGUCAAGUCAAUUGAAUUUACCACAGGUUGACUCCAAUCAUGUUGUAGAAACAUAUUAAGGAUGAUCAAUGGAAACAGGAUGCAUAUGAGCUCAAUUUUGGGGUCUGAAUACUUACAGUACCAGUCAAAAGUUUGGACACAUCUACUCAUGCAAGGGUUUUUCUUUAUUUUUACUAUUGGAGGCCAAAUAGCACAUAUGGAAUCAUGUCGUAACCAAAAAAAGUGUUCCAUUUGAGAAUCUUCAAAGUAGCCACCCUUUGCCUUGAGGAAAGCUUCGCACACUAUUGGCAUUCUCUCAACCAGCUUCACCUGGAAUGGUUUUCAACAGUCUUGAAGGAGAUCCCACAUAUGCUGAGCACUUGUUGGCUGCUUUUCCUUCACUCUGUGGUCCAACUCAUCCCAAGCCAUCUCAAUUGGGUUGAGGUCGGGUGAUUGUGGAGGCCAGGUCAUCUGAAGCCGUACUCCAUCACUCUCCUUCUUGGUCAAAUAGCCCUUACACAGCCUGGAUGUGAGUUGGGCCAUUGUCCUGUUUAAAAACAAAUUAUAGUCCCUCUUAGCGCAAACCAGAUGGGAUGGCGUAUCACUGCAGAAUGCUGUGGUAGCCAUGCUGGUUAAGUGUAAAUAAAUCAGUGUCACCAGCAAAGCACCAUCACACCACCACCUCCAUGCUUCGCGGUGGGAACCAUACCUGUGGAUAUAAUCUGUUCACCUACUCUACGUCUCAAAGACACGGCAGUUGGAACCAAAAAUCUCAAAUUUGGACUCAUCAGAACAAAGGACAGAUUUCCACCGGUCUAAUGUUCAUUGCUUGUGCUUCUUGGCCCAAGCAAGUCUCUUUUUAUUAGUGUCCUUUUGUAAUGGUUUCUUAGCAGCAAUUCGACCAUGAAGGCCUGGUUCACACAGUCUCCUCUGAACAGUUGAUGUUGAGUUUACUUGAAGUAAACUUGAAUUCUGUAAAGCAUUUAUUUGGGCUGCAAUUUCUGAGGCUGGUAACUAAUGAACUUAUCCUCUGCAGCAGAGAUAACUCUGGGUCUUCCUUUCCUGUGGUGGUCCUCAUGAGAGCUAGUUUCAUCAUAGCUCUUGUUUGUUUUUGCAACUGCACUUGAAGAAACGUUCAAAUUUUCCAGAUUGACUGACCUUCACAUCUUCAAAUAAUGAUGUACUGUCAUUUCUCUUUGCUUAUUUGAGCUGUUCUUGCCAUAAUAUGGAUUUGGUCUUUUACCAAAUAGGGAUAUCUUCUGUAUACCACCCCUACCUUGUCAUAACACAAUUGAUUGGCUCAAACGCAUUAAGAAGGAAAGAAAUUCCACCAAUUAACUUUUAACAAGGCACACCUAUUAAUUGAAAUGCAUUCCAGGUGACUACCUCAUGAAGCUGGUUGAGAGAAUGCAAAGCUGUCAUCAAGACAAAGGGUGGCUACUUCGAAGAAUCUAAUAUAAAAUAUAUUUGGGUUACUACAUGAUAAAGAAAAUGAUAAAGAAAAACCCUUGAAUGCGUAGAUGUGUCCAAACUUUUGACUGGUACUGUAUGUACAUAAGGUAUAUAUUAUUUUUGCAAAAAUGUCUAAACCUGUUUUCUCUUUGUCAUUAUGGGGUAUUGUGUGCAGAUUGUGCAUUUUUUAAUAAGGCUUUUAACGUAACAAUGUGGAAAAAGGGAAGGGGUCUGAGUACUUUCCGAAUGCACUAUAGGCUAGUGCUUUUUCUGUUUGUUAGACCUACUCAUUUUGUUGGCUGACAAAUUAGGCUAAAUGUGGACAGUUCUUCUAACGUCUUCAAUAUGCGCCUCGGAAUUCAAUAAAAGGGAAGCAUGCAGUUGCAUGCCUGAUGUAUCUGUCUUCACUUGUAGCCCACUUAUUAGCUGAGAUGCCUGUGAGAAGGGCAAGAUCACGUGACGGGCAUUGGCUAAUAAGAUUUUAGAUAUGAGAGAGCCAUGUGAGUGAAAGUGGCUUCGGGGGCACUGCAGCCGGGAGGAGGGAAUUAUAAUUAUUAUAUUCAGCCCAAGGGCACAAUGGCCACUUUGGCUGCAAAAGGCAUGGAUUUUUUUUAGAGGGCGUUAUGGU